GUUUUAAGUAGAGGGAAGGCUUACGUAUUGGCGCGCGCCUGCUCUUCUCCCGCUCCCUCCUUGUCUUCUCCCUCACCCGCGCGCGCGCGCGUUCUCUCUCCUCGGUGGCGAGGGCGUCGACGGGAAAGCAAGCGCGUCGUCCCCUUUAAGGUUGCCCGGGCGACGGCUCGGCGAGUGAGAGCGAGGCCCAUUGACGUCACGCCGGGCGGCGAUUGGCGGAGGGAGUUGGGUUUCCGGUGGGAGCGAUCGCUGAGGCGAAAGAGGAGGAGGAGGAGAAGGGAGGUGGAGGAGGCCGCCGCCACUCGGGACAGCGGGAGGAGGAGGAGGAGGGGGGCCCGCCCGCGAGGAGAGGCCCAGGCAGGGAGGAGGAGGACCCUGAGGUAAGUCGGAGCCGGUGGGCCUAAGGCGCUCGCCGGCGGGUGGGGCGAGAGCGGGAGCUGCGGCGGCGGAGUGACGCGGGGGCGGCGAGGCGGGAGAGCGAGGGGCGGCGCGCUUACCUGAGGCGCGCUGCGGGAGGAGGAGGCGGCGGCAGAGGCCUCUUCCUUCUCCUCAGGUGAGGCGGAGGAUGGGAAAGGAGGAGGAUAAACCUCCGCCGAGUUGUGAGGGCGGCCCUGCUGAGAAGAGCCCUAGCCCGGCGGGAGAAACGGGUUGCCCGAAGGGGGCCUUGGACGGGGCCCACGGGCGCAGCUUGAGAGGAAGAGCACAUGCGUGGUGGCUUUAUUUUAUUUUUUUCUGUGUCGGGGAGGAAGGGGGCUCUUACGCUACAAGGUGUAUAUCCCGGGGGGGGGGCAGAAGAGGGUCCAGGGGGCCAGACGCAAGUAGAGGGGCUAAGAUUAGGAGGAAAGUGCACCGUGGAAGAUGACGCCAUGUAGACACAGAGAAGGAGCGUAGAAUAAAGCCGCCUUUGUUUUUUUAAUUAUUAUUUAAGGAGAAGCCCAUGAGGAAAGUGUGGUUUUUUGUGGGAUUACUUCUAGUAGACGAUUUAAGAGAGAGGCCUGUAGGUUUUUGGAGGGAGGAUCCUUUUACAAAGAAACCAGAUUUGUGAUCUUGGGGGAGAACUUUUAGACCUGGGGGGAGGUUAGGAUUAAAGGGGGAAUAAUAGGUUUGCGGGGGGUACCCGAUCUUCAUCUAUUUUAAAGAAGUGGAAAGGUUACUGCUGAAACGUGCCUAAGCCAGAGUUUAGCUGGGUCUUCUUAUCUUACAAGCAGCUUCUUAGGGCCCUCCAGAAUAUUUCACGUUAUGUAUGGAGGGGAGGGAGGAAAGGGACCCAUGUCAUUAUCUUGGCUUUGUAGUCAUUACAGUGUAGUGAAUAACCUUUUGCAGGAUAGGGAGAGUGUCAUUUUCCCCAUAGUCAAGGAACAAAACAAGCAAGUGCUGCCUUUGAAGUAGCCCAUAAUUGCUGUGUACAGUACUUGGAUUUCUGGGUAUUCCUAUCCUGGGGAAAUGAGCUCCCAAUCAACUGUGCUCCCUUCUCACAGGAAGGAAGCAUCUUAGGGCUUUCCUGUUGCUUUUAUUUAUGGAAGCCACAGGGAGAUAACUUGAAAGAUGAUCAGGGUAAGUUAUUCAAGGCUGCUAUAAAUUACAAAUGCCCUUUUGUGAUAGAGAGGCUCUUCUUUGUGAUUAGAAAAUGUGUGCUAUCAAUUGCACCUGAUAUUUCAAUAAAAUGUGAGGACCCCUACCCCCACUUAGAAUUUUGACGAGCUGUUUUGAUGUCCUGUGUUACCAUCUUCAGGUUGCUGUUUUCCAUUAUUCAGUGUUUAAAGAUAACUUAGUUAUAUGAGGAAUUCUAAACACUCUGAGUUUUCUCGGCCAGAAAAGGAGCCCCUGAAAAUUACUGCAGUGAUCUUAAAAUUCCAAGCAUUUUACCUGGAAGCUACUUGAAGCUACUACAUAUCUACUUUGCAAAUACCUAUAGCAAAUAAAAGUCCUUUAUUAGCUGUUAAUUGCCAGUUGGUGAGAGUAUCUAGCUACAGAAUUAGUUUGGCCUUCUUUCUAUUAAAAUGAAUGCUCUUUGAAGCUCUGUAUGAUGAAGACUUUAACAUGCUUCAGACAAUUAAGAAUAUUUAUUUGAAAUAGAAACUUCAUGUCUGCUACUUCUUUAGCAGUUGUGUUUGAGCACUGGUGUCUGAUGCUGUCUAUCAGCAGUGUGAAUGCUUUUUCCACAGACUUAUUUGCAGGCUGUCACAGAGCCAUGGCAUUAACUCUUGGACAGUUAAUUAAGGCAUUUAUUACUGACCUUCAUUAUGCAAGUUGUCAAAACAAAAGAAGUAACUGUAGAACUUCAAGGCAGCUUAAUGUAAAUGCCAGACAUGUAUGUGUAUGUUUUUUGAAAUGGAACAGGUGUAUUGUAAUCUUUAGAUUCUUUACAAGCGUUGCAGAUGACAAGGAUGCCAUGUGUUUGUAGUGUGGGCACUUCACAACAUUAUAUUUUGUUGUCAUGCCUGUUUCCUGUUGGGAAGGGUUAUAUAUGUUUAUCUCAAGUAUAUUGCCAUCUGUGUCAUGUAUCUAAAUAUCUCACCUAGAAAAGUAUGUAUUAAUAGAACAGUAACACUUGGGAGUUAUUCACUUUCUUCUUCCUUCCUUUUUGAAAGGCUAUACUGGGAUCAGCACCCCUUCCUGUAAAUUCUGUGCAUACCUGUAGUGGUUGCAGCUAGCUGCAUCUCAAGUAAGUGUUGGGCAGUUGGGAAAUAAUGUGUUUUAUUUCCAUAAAACUUUAUUUUUACAUGCUAUUACAGACACAGUUCUGGAUAUGUUUGUUUGCCAGUUGUGGAAAUCUUGCAUCCAGUAAGAUUUUGCCUGGGAGCUGGCAUUAAUUGCAGUAUUUUAUUUUUACUUUAUUGGGAGCAACUUAGCUUGAUAUAACUCCUAAAGUAGCAUAGACCUCUGCUUAUUUCUGUUGUUAACAUUCUGUUAAUCCAGAAUGCAGACAAAUGCAUUGAGCACCGUUUCAGUUUAGAAGCAUAUAAUGUUUUGAUUUCUGCUAAUUAGCUAUCUCUGCAAUUAAGAGUGGCUGGCAGCUAUGAUCAUUGAAUAUCAUUAAUGUAAUAUGGUAUAGCAGGGUAUCUAUCUCUUGGGGUUUUUAAAAUACGUUUUAAUUUCAGAUAGCAGCAAUGGCCACUGGCAGCACUAACAGUGAAGAGGAGCGCAGCCUCCGUGAAUGUGAACACUAUGUCCAAAAACACAAUAUCCAACAACUCCUGAAGGAUUGCAUCGUCCAGCUAUGUACGGUGCGACCUGAGAGACCCAUGGCAUUCCUCCGGGAAUAUUUUGAAAGACUGGAGAAGGUAAGAAUAAGCUUCAGGAAUGGGUGCAAGUAGGGAAACCAUUUGCAACUUCUCUAGAAUAUUGGCCGAGAGUACAUCAACAGUUUAAAUGUUCCAAGGGGAAAGUGCAGCAGUGUUUUUGAGUUUAUUGCCAUGUGAUUUCUAGAAAAGCAUCUGUGCAAUGUUUUCAUAAAAUUAAUUGAAAAAUAAAUAGGUCUCAUGAGGGGUACAAGGUCAGAUUGUGUUGCUUUGUGAGAUACAGGACUCUUGACUCAUGCAUGGCCAAAUUUUGCCCUUGUGCAUCUUUGAGAGGUUUUACAUAUAAUCAAAGUAGAAUUUCAUAUCAAUAAAAUGGGACAACCCUCUGAUAAACAAUGCUACUGGUAUGCAAAUUGGGCAUCAACAAUUCUCUGGUCUUAAGUGGAAGCAGCAGCAAAUCCAGAAGCUAGACAGAGACACCUGGUAAUUCUACUUUUAGGAAGGAAAAAAAACGGUUUUUAGAGUAGAACAUAUUUUGCAAGAAAUAAACUCUUGGGCAUUCUUAUGAAACUUGACCAUUUAAAUAUGGUAGUCUUCUUAGCUGGAUUCAACCCAUAGCAUCCCAUAUAAGUCAUUGCACAAACAGAAGAACUUCCAGUCACAUAGUGAACGGGUCUUCUCCAUCUCCUCUCCUGACACCGACCCCAGAUUUACUCAGGAGGGUUAAGAGAUGGCAGGGAAAGGUGGCUCUGUUGUUUGAGCAGAACUCUCUCUGCUUUUGUGGUGACUGGCAGAGCAAUGCAACCUGCCUUUACACUAGACCAUGGCUGGGAGUGGAGGUUGAUGGAGCAAUUAUGUCCCUCCACUUUGCUUGCUGGGCUGCUGCCAGUGGAGUAACAUAGAUGUCACUUGUUGGUGGGUAGAUGGCCCGCUGAUAGGCUCCCCAGUGGUGGAGUCCAGCAGAAAGAGGCGAAACUGUGUGUUCUGAGGGAAGUGAUGGGACUGGAUCCCGAGUCAGAUUCCUAAUUACUGCCAGCUGCCAUCAGGCCUGAUCUGGAUCUGAAUGCUGUGCCAGCCUGGAGCUGACACAGGGCGCAGGAUUCCCCCGAUUUGAGCUGCAAUGGCAGAAGGUUUGGAUUGUGCCCUUAGUUGGAUCAUCCCAGAUCUGAUUUUGCUUUCGGUACACUUUGUAUAAAACUCUUAUUAAUCUAAUCACAAAACAGUCCUUAGCUGAGUAGCCCACUAAUUGUCUUGCACUUUUUACAAGCUAUGUGACUACCCAGUAAAUUUAGAUGGCUGUGCAGCAAAGCUACCCAACAAUUUCCCCCUCUUGUUCUUUGACUGCUGUGUCACUAACAGCUUCUCCCAUCACUGUGUCAACAUUCUGUGGAAAGAGAGAAGGUCAGCAGCAUUCAUCCCAUAGCAGCUGACGACUUAAAGGCAAAUCAUAAGACCAAUAUUUAGUGAUUCCUGCAGUCACUGCUAAUUGUUACAAAUUAAUUCAUACAUUUUCCCUAAGGCACAAUGUCGGGAUAAUAACAUACUUUGUUUUGUAUAGAAGAGUCAUUUUUUUCAACUCCCCAGUUUUUGUAUAUUAUGCACUAGUACUUAUAAUUCAUAAGAAUGCACAGAGAUUCAAGUGUUCUGUCCAACUAGCAUUUUGGCUUGAUCUAAAUGCCAAGUUAUGCAGAUCCCUAAAACUAGGCAAGUGAUUUUUCUGAGUUUAUACGUUAUUGGCUUGGAUCCAAAAGUGUGUUUCACCAGCAGAAAAGAAGCUUCCACGUAUUCUGACAAUUCCACUGUUCUGCUGCAAUUCCCCAUGCCCAGUCCCACACCAUUUAGAGGGUCCUUUGACACUUAGGGGUGGUUUUUUGGGGGAGGGAAAGUGUAGGGAACUACAGUGGGAAGAGGAGCAAGGAAAGCUGGAUCUAAGCCACUGCACUUCUAGAUGGAAUGCUACAGUUUUAGUCUAGUUUUGUUUUAGUUGACCAGUGCAGGUCUAUUGAAUAAUAGAGGCAGAAAGGUUAGGGUCAUGCAUGGUAACUUUUAAGACUAUUUUGGUCAUCUUUUAUUGAGUAUGUAUAUUAAAUAUGGUUUCCUUUGAAUAAUGAGUGGUAGCUUUUAUUUAAUUGAAAGUCGGCUCACAAAGCUUAAGAGCUUUAUUUAAGAUAAUUUAUAUUGCACACUUUCACUGUAACUUCAGUGCUCUGUGGAGCUCACAGAACUGUAAGGUAAACUGUAUGAAGGAAUAAAAAAGACAAAACAAUGGACUUCCGGGGUGGCGCCAUCGGCAAUGGCGGACUCCCUCUGAACUGGAGGGACUAGCUCCGCGCGAAACGGGUCUUUUCCGCUACGGCGAAGCGGGGACCCUUUUAAAAAUCACAGGCGGAUGAAGCCUGUGACCAUGGGACUCGGCGGGCACCCUUAGCGCCCCCCCCAACCCGCAAAGGAACCCACUAACGGGCUCCGAAGCGAAGAGGGGGAAGCGCGGUGCUGUGAGUCAACUGCUAUUUCCAUGGAGCGAAGCCGCACAGCCGUUGCCGGAGAGCGCUGCCUUUUUCCUGGGACAAUUUGGCUUCUAAAAUAAGCACCCGUGAGUACUUAAACUUUGAACAAUUGGACUUUAAAUAAGGACUUGCGAGCAGAAAGGAAUUGGACUUAAAAAUUUUACUUCAAUUUGGUACUGAAACGGGAAGGUCUAAACAGGAAGUCAGCCUUCCGUUUCUUUGUAGACAGAAUAAAGCAAAGACAACAUAAACUAGAGCUCAGAAAAUCGCCUCUAAAGGAUUGGCUUUCAUCAUUUAAAAUUGUUGAACCCCCCUUCGGCAGCAGGAGAAGAAGGGGGAUCUUUUUUGGACUGUUUAAACCUGCAGAAGUGAGUUUAAAGUAAAGUAACUUUCCACCGUCCUGAUGCUGGAGCGGGGUGUCAGGACUGACGUUUGAAGCUCAUUGACCAGAGACAAACGCUUUUGACAGAUAGCUAAAAGAAGAAGAACAUAGUGAUUCCAUUGUUUCCUUUCGCACCUUAAAGGAACAAAUAUUGACAAAAUAUCUGAAAAAAGGAAACUCUGUUGCUAGACUUGUCUUUAAAAGAAAGAUCAAAUAGAAGUUUUCCCCCUAGAGGGAGACUGUGAAACUGUAACCAACUCCUGGGAGCUGGCACCUGUUACAGAUUACAAUCGUGGGAAUAGACAUCUGACCUUGCAGGACAAUGUAUUCAGAAGCUCUGUUGUGUGCUUUCUAUAAAACAAAUUCCCUACUGGAACAGCUACAUGAGAAGACAAAUUUGAUGGCUGAUUCGAUUAGAAAUUUUGAACAGGCAGUGGGAAAUUUUGAACAGGCAGUGGGAAAAUAUGUGGAGCCCACCCAGGAAUUAAAUCAGGAGUGUGCCCUGACAGAACUGGCCCAACAGGAAUAUGAGCUUUCGGAUUUGACAAAUGAACUUGGAAAAAGCCAGAUUUGGAAAGAAAAAGUUUGGUUUGGUUUGGAAAUGGGGGGUUGGAUAGACCCUCCUAUGCAGGGAUUUUUGGACUUUUCAAGUCUGGCAAUGGGCCGUGAGAUGUUUGGGAUUGUGGGGGCUCUCAAUUUUGGAGGGUUUUUGAAACAUGUUUUUAAAUACCACAUGGAAUUUAGUGUCGAUUAUGGAAAAGGGGCUGAUCUGUCGAGAAGGGUCAAAAAUAUUGCUAAGCUGGAGUUCCCACGAGUGAAACGAGCAGGAGACAAGGGAAAAUACAGUUACAAAUAUGAAGAAGAGCUGCGGAAGGGACAUGGAAGAGACUUAAGGGCCUCGGAUAUAAGGUCACCAGGUUAAUGCGCCAGAUCGAUGGGAUAAUAAGGACUGACAAACCCGGGACCAGGAGGAAGGGACGCUGGAUGAAGAUUGGAUUUGUUUUUUAUUUCUUUUUUUCAUCACUAGGACUGUUUUAUAAAAUUGAUGAAUGUUAGAAAAAUGUUGGAAUGAAAUUAUUUGGCUUUAGUAAAAAUGUUUAAAGAAUUAUGUAAGAAUAUUAUGGUUAUGAGAAGUUGGUAAAAAUAAGAUUUAAGUUUUAAGUUCCAAGGUUUUUUAUAGUAAGAUAAGAUUAAAAUAGUUUAAGGUAAUGUAAUGACAGAAUAUUAUGAAAUAUGGAAAGGAUUUGCUGUGACAAUUAACAACCAGGACACAAGGAAAGGGAGGAGGAGGAGGAGGUCAAGGAAAGAGGGUAAUGACAGUUGAGGAGUUGAAAAUAAUCGAUUUGUUUUUAAUUGUUUUUAAAUUUUUGUGGUGUAUUUUUGUUUUUUCUCUUAUUUUGUGUAUUUGUAUGGUUGGAAGUGGCUUGUUUUUCUCUUUUUCUACUUUGUUUUCUUUUGUAACUUAAAAAAAAUUCCUUCAAUAAAUAUCAUUUUAAAAAAAAAGACAAAACAAUGUUCUGCUGUGUUAAUCUGGAAAAAAAUAUAGUUGGCUGUAUGCAGUGUAGUGCUAAGGUGAACGUUCUGUUAGUGCAAGGGUUUCUCCUUGCUCACUGGAAUGCACGCCCCAUACCCCCUAAAUCUGUUCUGGCAGUUCCCCCAACCAUCUAGAACAGAUCUGGGAUAGCAGAGGGCAAGGGCAGGAAGGAAAGGAGCAGGAUCCGUACUGCCUUUUGUUUUUAGACUGCUGAAAAUAGUUCACAUUUUUCUCCUGGAUAUAGUUUUAUUAACUGUUUUGUGUCUGCAUUCUGGGAUAUGAAAAAAGACUCCACUGUUUACAAACCAGGUUUUUGACAAAAUGUGUUUUUUAGAGCCAGCUCAGCCCAGCGGUUCCAUCAACCAACACAUAGCUUAGAUCCUGCAAUCGCCCACAGCAGUUUGAAACCCGUUGGCGCUGCCUGGCUCUCAAAAAAAAGAAAAGAAGUGUUUUAUAUUUUUUUUUGUUACCUUAACAAAAUGAUGUGUUGUAGAAAAAACUGUGUAUAUUUUAAAAUAUUAAAAUUUAAUUUAAAGAUGUUCAUGCCUUUUAUUAAUGAAUGAAAUACAAGGGCAUUAUGAGUAAAGGAACUCGCUGUUUUUUAAUUUGGUUUAUGGAAAAGGGCUUGGGAGUUCAUUGGAGCAGGCAGAAUUGGCAAGUACAAUGCUAUGUUUAUGCCUACUUGGAAAUUUAGAAAUGUGCCAUGAAAAACCAUUUUUCCGGCAAGGAGUGUCCUGUGUGGCACUGAGCAAGGAGCCCUUUUGGUUAAGCAACAUUAAGCUGAUAAAUACAGGAAUUAAAAAGUAGUUUUUAGAGGAGUUCAUAUUAAUCUUAACCAAGAGGAAGUGUGUGGGUAAUCAGGCUGUCAGAUGAAUAAUAAGUUGGACUUUGUGUUAAUGUUCAAUGCGUUUCCCUCCCCCCCUUCACAUCACUUUAUUGAAAAUUGUGAAUAAUUGGAUUAAGUGUCCUCAUUUAUCAACAGAUCUCACCCAUGUCUGAGACAGACAUAUUAGGAUUGUUAAACAAGAAUCUCUCAAUUAUGACAGUUUAAUUCAAGUCAGAUUUUGUGUAACAUUGUUUCAGGAAUACUUAGAGACCUGUUGGUUUCUGUUGGUAUCCUUCGGAAAUUCAAGAAAAUAGAAUUUUAAAUACAUUAUGCAUUUGGAAUAAUUCAUUUAGAUAAUGAAGCUUUCUGUGGAUUCUGUUGCUGUGAUAAAGGAACUGUAUGAUCUUCGAAGAGCAGCUGUAAUGUCAUUAUCUAUGUAAACAGUAUCUGAGCUGUAUUACAAAGAUGAACUAUUAAAUUCAAAAGUUGACAUGGUAAAGAACAAUACAUGUGUGUGUGUGUGUGUGUGUGUGUGAGAGAGAGAGAGAGAGAGAGAAAGUAGAGGUAUAGGAUCUUUUUUUGAGUUUCAAGACUCAAAUUUUAUAAACGUCUUCAUGAUAACAGACCCCUCCUCAGAGCAAUAUGCCAGAGCAACAUCUGAAUCACCAAAAAUAUACUGCGUAUGUUGCAUGCCUGGUGCAUUUCUUUGAAUGCAAUAAUUUAACAUUCAAAAUAUCCAGCAAAUGGCCUCAAUUUCAUGUAUUGGACUCAACACUAGUAUGAUACAUGAUAGCUAAAGCAUCAAAAGCAUUUAGAAACUUCAUCCAGAUUUUUGUACUAGGUAUAAGUAGCUGUUAAAAGUGUGCCAAUUUAAAAAAUAUAUUCUGUUAAUUACAAAUGUUUGAAAUACAUCAAAUUCCUCUUCCCCAACACAAGGCCAGCCAGAUGGGAUUAAAAUUAGUGAAAUGUUAAAGCAUAAAUCCUAUAUUUUCUGCCUCCUUGCUUAUAACUCCUUAGGACAGGGAUAGGGAAUCUCUGGUCUGUGAGCCAGAUGCUCACAUGCAGAUUUCAUCUAGCUCCCUGGGUCCCCUCACAUCCAUCAGCUGUUCAAUGAGGAGCAGCUGAGGGAAAAAGGGGUUCUGUUGUGCAAAGUGCAUAAUUGCAGCUCUUUUCUCUGCAACACCACAGCAGAGGUGAAAAUCUCUUAGCAAAGAGGGAGACGUGUGUUCCUUGCAAAAUCCAUGCAUUUUUGCAAUUGUAUACAUGGAAUUCCCAUUGUAUUUCAAAGUUUAAAACUAUGCAAAGCUUUAAGGCAGGACUUGCCAUUUAGUUCUGUAUUGACAUUAUUUGCAUUCUUCUGGGAUUACUGAGUUCUCUUUGCUUUCUGCACAGUCAGGACAGAUAAAGGGUGUUUGAGACCUUUAGCUUGAGUGGAGUUGCUAAGAAUUAAAGAUAUUGAUCUGUUGCUGUGGAAAACAGCUUUGUGUGGUGGUCUGGCCCCUCCCAUUUCUGAAAUUUGCUCAAAAGCCAUUGGAACCUUAGCCCGAAAGAGGUCACCUAAUAAACACCUUUCAGGCUUCUGCUUGUACAGUGGGGCUUUCUCCCCUUUCCUUACCCCUGUGUUACCUUUCACAAGCUUAUGGAGGGCACAAACAUUUUAGCAUGGAAGUUAUAAUCUGAAAUUGCACAGUGCAACUUGAUGGCCUGUGUUUAAAUGAGGAUAAGUGCAAGGGAGGAAACAAGUUCUCCCAGGAGCAUAUGCAUGGAUGUGAACUUUCUACCCUUGUGGAUUAUUAACAUAGAACUGUUUUAUUUCACUGCAGGAAGAAACAAAACAGAUCAUGUGCCAGCAGAAAGCCAGCUCCCGUGCAGACUCGCGUGAAGAUGAGAUUUCUCCCCCUCCACCCAUGAAUCCGGUGGUAAAGGGCCGCAGAAGGCGUGGGGCCAUCAGUGCAGAGGUUUACACAGAAGAGGAUGCUGCCUCUUAUGUCAGAAAGGUGCUGCAUCCAGUUCUUUCUUCCUGCAAGGCAUAUUUUGUGUCUUGUAUGCACAAUUUCCUUCUUUGCCUAUCCCAAAUAAGGUUGUAUCAGGCCUUUCCCUAGAUAAGUUGUGCUAAUGCCUUCCUAACUUGCCUUUAUAUUGCUCUCAUAUAAGCCUGGAUUUCUGCUUGGUUGGAUUGACAUAAGUUGAGGAGUUGACAGAUAUGGAGGAAAUAAUUAUUAGAAAAAUCUUGGCUGGAGGAAACAAACCAUUUCUCCCUGGCUCUGCAAUGUCUGCUCAAUUAAUAUCGACUAUAACUUUCCCAGAGGAGCAACCAGGUCUCCUAGGACAUUCUUGUGAUCCUUGUGACUUCUGUGUAGUUUCCAGGAAGCCUGAUACUAGAGAGUUGACCCUUGGGGGACCUGUAAGCAUAAUUACAGCUCCUCAGAGGUGUGAUGUUAGUAAGAGGGAAGUAUCCUAGGAUGGUAGUUAUUCAAGAUUCCCAAUCAUUGUGUAAAAGCACCAUUAGCUUAUGUGACUCCUAAAACCUGCAUCAGUUUCAAGUACAGUUAGUACCUCGGGUUACAUACGCUUCAGGUUACAGACUCCGCUAACCCAGAAAUAGUAUCUCGGGUUAAGAACUUUGCUUCAGGAUGAGAACAGAAAUUGUGCUCCGGCGGCAUGGCAGCAGCAGGAGGCCCCAUUAGCUAAAGUGGUGGUUCAGGUUAAGAACAGUUUCAGGUUAAGAAUGGACCUUCAUAACGAAUUAAGUACUUAACCCGAGGUACCACUGUAAGAUUAUUUUGAGUUCUGAAUGACCAUUUGAGGUACUGGUGUGUCUAGCAAUUUGGUCUAUAGACUUAUCAAAGGCUGUGGUCAAAUAAUUUUCUACAUAUCGAGGCUCCUGAUAGUUGUGUCUUAUCUGAAAAGAUACUUGUAGAUCGGCCAUUGAAUCAGCACUUAGCCAGGAAAGAUACAUCUCAUUCUGGACACUUUCCCUUUUCUGGGCAUCUAGAAUGUAGGUAUAAUUUCAUGAACAUGCUUCUUAAAGAAGUCUUGAGAAGCUUUCCUUACCACUUGAAUGACUUCUUCACAUAGGAGAAAACUCCUGCACAGAGCUCCCUUCCAAGAAAGGAACUCCUCAAAUAUUGUUGGUAAUGGGUUUGCUUAAAGAACAUUUGCCUCUUAGGUCUUUAAUUGGUAUUGUUUGGGUGUUUCCAUUCCAUAGGUUAUUCCAAAAGAUUACAAGACUAUGGCUGCUUUGGCAAAAGCCAUAGAGAAGAAUGUGCUUUUUGCUCAUCUUGAUGACAAUGAAAGAAGGUAGGAAAUCUGUGAACCCGGAUAGUUAAAUAAACAGAAUUGAGCAACAUGUAGAAAGAAUAAAUAGGCUGACUGUGGUCCAAGUUUUGGAACCAUGCAUAAUGCUAACUAUAAAUACAAUACCUCAAGGACCACCUCUCCCCAUAUGAACUGCACCAGAUCCUCCACUUGCCAUCUGAAGCCCUUCUUUGUGUGCUCCCUCCAUGGGAGGUCUGUUUCAGUGUUGGCUCCCUGCUUCUGCAAUGCUCUCCCCAGGGAGGUUUGCCUGGCGUCAUCACUACAUAUCUUUAGACACAAGGCAAAGCUAUUCUUUUUUUGUUUCCGGUCAGACCUUUGGCUUUUAAAUGCCUAUGUCCUUUUUGCAGAGAAUGGUUGUUUUAAUCUUGUUUUUUUAAAAAAUAGGAUUGUCUUUUGGAUUUUUAAAAAAAUACUGGUUUUAAUGUGUUUGUGUGUGUGCUUGCUUAAAAUAUUGUAAAUUGCUUUGAACGGUGGCAGAAAACCAGCUAGCUAACAAAUAAAAAUAAUGCAGUAUAAGUUGCCUAGCCAGGCCAGUUAAGUUGUACCGAAUGGUUUUUGGGCCCCCACUUUCAGACAUUGUUGUGGCUUUGAUUGCCAAAAUGCCAUAUAAUGGGCUCUACAUUCAUACAAUUAUUUGGAUUAGUUUGGGGCAAGGAGAAGAGGGGAAUGUUCAUGUUGAUGUCAGCCUAUUUAUGUUGCCCCUCUGUCUGUCAAUAUGGGAAGAGAUAAGAAUAACCUUAAAUUUAAUUCACCAAACCUAAUGUUUAUGCUGUGAACCGCCCUGAGAUCUGUGGGUAUAGGGCGGUAUACUAACUAACUAAAACUUGUGCGAGCACUGCUGUUUUGUCCCCUCUCCAGAACACAUUGAGCAACUCUAGUCUAGACUUUUGAGAGAUGCAGCCUCCCUAAUAACUGCAUGCUAAGCUUGUCUGUAUUAGCUCACACAUGCAAUAUGUUAGAUCUUUUGUUGAGUAAUUCUGAAAUCUUUUUCAGUGAUAUUUUUGAUGCCAUGUUCCCUGUCACCUAUAUUGCUGGCGAGACUGUGAUACAGCAAGGCAAGUGAUUGAUUGUGAUGUUGGUGGAAAAAUUACUUAGCGUUUGAAGCAUUGAAGAUAGGCAAUUGCUUUCUAUUCAUCUCAUUCACAAGGUUUGCUAAAAAGAUCCCAAGUAUAGAAUUCCAGCUAGUUUUUCAGAGGUGGGUGGGCAAACAUUUUUUGGUCACUUACCUUUUAGAAGGGACCAGGGCUUAACAGUAGGGCAUGUGUUUUCAAUUCUAGGUAGAGCUGGAAGUGUCCCCUGAAACAGUUGAGAGCUGGUGCCAGUCAGUGUCAACAAUACUGAACUAGAUGCACCAAUGGUCCAACUCAUUAUCAGGGAGCUUCCUAUGUUCUGACCCCAGUGGUAGCUGUUUGGGGUUGCAUUCCAGUGGUGGGCUGGGCCAGAUGUGCACACAGUCACACACUUCUUAACACAGGCAUGCACCUGUUCUUCACUUUCUCAACUCCCCAUCUCAUAUGAUCCAUGUAGAUCAACUGAGAAGGGGGCAUUUUCAUUCCCACUGUAGCAUGUACUGUGAGGAGGAUUAAACAUCUCUAUGGGAUGUUAGGAGAAGGGUAGUACCUCUGCUGGGGAACAUUUUAUGCUCGUUCUGGGGUAGUUUGUCCACCUUUGGUCCCCACCCUGCACGCAACUCUCACCUGUGGCUCCUAGAAGCCAUCAGCAUGCAACAGCAACCACACCCCAGGAAACGACUUUUACUGGCCGACUAAACCAGGUGAGGGCAACCAAUGGGUCAAAACCCUCAGUGAGUUAGGGACUUCCUCUGUAUGCAAAGAGAGGCUCUGGCAGAUUGAGCGGAUGAGACCAAUAGUGCGUUAAACGGUCUAGAAGGCGGUUUCUGCACGUGGAGGGGCAGAUGGGGCUUGUCAACCUGGGAAGGUAGCCCAUCUAUGAGAAGAAAAACUGAUCCUACACCUCUGCUGCCUUGCGGGAUAUCUUCAGGAGAAGAAAAAGCUAAGGAGUAAACCCUGCACAAAUGCGGAAUGGCAGUUGGGUGACGUCUUGUACACCUCCUUCUGGCAACUCUGGCUGACAGCCAAGCUGGACCACACCAGCAGUGCCAUGAGAGGAGUGGGGGGUGGGUCAUAUCAUCUGGGAUAUCCCAGGAGCUCCAUACACACUGCCCAGGCUUGCAUCCCAGGAAGGUCACUUCAGUGCUGCUAACGGAGCAGUUUGCCUUUGCCCCCCAGGCACGCAUUCCAUUGUCUCUCAAGACAGACGGAUGCCAACAAAGCAAGAACAACCCUGCCCACUGUAAUGGGGAUGAAAACUGCACCUUCCCAACAAAUCAGUUGAGAAGCCAGGAAGGGCCAGUUUUUAUCCCCAUCACAGUGUUGGGUGGUGAGGUUAAAAUCUCCCCACCCAGGUUAAUAAGGGAAUACCUGUGAGGCGGGGGCAUAGCCUGAGGUGGGUCAGCAGGGAAGGAGGUUCCCUGUCACUGAGCUUAGACUUGUUUUCCCCACAUUGUAACCAUGUCAGUGUUCUAUUGGAGUUUAGUGGUCAGGUGAAAAUCCUCUGCCAGCAGUGGCUUUUGCAAUAGGGCUUUGAUCAAAGAGCACUUUACCUAGACUAGUUACUAGUCUUAUCUACCCUGUCAUACUGAUAGCUGGGUAAAUAGCUUCCUUCAUUUUAAUUACAUGUAGGAGUGAAGUGGGAAUUAUAAAUAUAAUGAAUAUAUUUGACUAUGAAGCCUAAAGGAAAACAUGGCUGUUCCAAAUGCAAAAAAAGCAUAUGUGAGCUUUUGUAUGGAUGUCAUUUUUGCUGGAUGGUUCUAGAAUGGAAGAGGUUGAUAACUGCCUCUUCUAAACCUAUAAUUGUUUCUCAAACUUCUAUUUCAAUUUUUUUCUGUAGGUGAUGAAGGGGAUAACUUCUAUGUUGUUGAUCAAGGAGAAAUGGAUGUAAGUCUUUUCUAAACUAUAUUACUGCAGUGCUCCAGAAUAUUUUAAGCACAUACAAUGCUUCACAUGGGUAAUAAUGGGAACAUGGUCUAUGUCCGUGCUUUUGCAUUUCAGACAAAUAUCAGGGAUCUCCCAUCUUUCCCUCACCACAGUUUCCCUUUCCUCUAGCCUUGUCUGAAGCUUAUUUCUUACUGCCGUUUGUGUAGUCAGCUAUAGGAGGGCAGGGCAACUCCAGUGUGAUGACAGAACCACAGGCAGACCAGCAAGCAAGCAGCAUGGGUGGCAGGCAGCCCAGGCAAGCUAUUUAAAGGAGGCAGAGAGGUGCUUUCUGAAGCGCCUCCAGAAUUAAAUACCACCAGAGGGGCAUUUAAAGGAGCAGGUGAAGGCACUUCAGAGAGCAGCUUGGUUAGGUGUAACGGGAGGAGGGGUUGGUGAGCAGGAGUGGCAGCCCAUCAUAUGUCAUAUAUUUCUCUUCUGCCUUUCAAAACUUUAGUCUUCCCAAGAUGGCUUAUAUUAAAAACAGGUAUACAAUUUUGUUAAAAAACCCCAGAAAAAACACAGUAUAAAUCAUAAUGCAACAGCCAUUUAAAAAUAAGUCAAUUACAAUAACAUUCAAUAACAAAAAUGUACCAGUGAUCAGGCUAAACUGAGACUCUGAAAUGUAAUGUCUUAGAACAGGCACCCCCAACCUUCGGACCUCCAGAUGUUUUGGACUACAAUUCCCAUCUCUGACCACUGGUCCUGUUAGCUAGGGAUCAUGGGAGUUGUAGGCAAAAACAUCUGGAGGGCCACAGGUUGGGGAUGCCUGUCUUAGAACUAUUAAACUGAAAAGCCCUUGUUUUUAGAUUGCAUUUUUAUUUACAGUUUUUAACCAGCUUUUCUAAUUAUCAAAGUGGUGGAGAAGCAAUUAAAAACAUUGUAAGUCUAUACUAUACAUGUUUAUUCAGAGUUCAGUCAAGCUUAAAAAGGUAAAGGUACCCCUGACCGUUAGGUCCAGUUGCGGAUGACUCGGGUUGCGGCGCCCAUCUCACUCUAUAGGCCGAGGGAGCUGGUGUUUGUCCGCAGACAGCUUCCAGGUCAUUCAGCCAGCACGACUAAGCUGCUUCUGGUGAACCAGAGCAGCACACGGAAACAGCGUUUACCUUCCCGCUGGAGCGGUACCUAUUUAUCUACUUGCACUUUGACGUGCUUUCAAACUGCUAGGUUGGCAGGAGCUGGGACUGAACAAUGGGCGCUCACCCCGUCACGGGGAUUCGAACCGCCGACCUGAUCGGCAAGCCCUAGGCUCUGUGGUUUAGAUCACAGCGCCACCUGCGUCCCUUCAGUCAAGCUUACUCCCAGGUAAAUGGGUAUAAAAUUUAUGCCUUACGAUAUCAAAUCAAGACGUAAGUUGCUGGCACAUUAGGUAGUACACCCUGUUAAAUAAAUCACUUAUUUACAAUUUACGUUUCAACAAUGUAAUAACAGUACAAGAAAUUUUCCCCACUCUGGAACAGAAGAUUAAUGUAUAAAAUUUUGCCGUAAGUCCAUGUGCAAGGUUGGUGGAUGCCAAUCAUCAGGGUAUUCAUUUGAGUAGUUUGCAAAUGGGUACCAAACUUCAAUAAAAUAGUCUGCAUCAAUACAUGAACCCUUUGGGCUAGUUUUUCAGAUAGGGCAGUAGUCCAUGCAUUCUGUCUCCAUCAUAUGCAAAUGUUCAAGCCCUUUCCAAUUCUGUGCCAUAAGUAAGUAAUCACAGCAUUAACAAGAAACUCCUAAGAUCUUUAUAUAAUAAAGCAUGUUGAUCUACCAUAAAAAUUCUUAAUAAACCCAAACUUGGAUUAUACAGUACAUUGUGAUUUGUAAUAUUACUUAUGUCAGCUAAUACUCCUUCCCAGAAUGAAAUCACUUUUUUGAGUAUUAUGCAAGGGCCGAACAAAUGGUGCCCAGUGAUAAGCUUUUCUCAAAACAAAAACAGAAAACCUCUUGGCACACGUGUUUUGUGGAAUAUUGCUGUGAAAAGGAAUUAGAAUAUUAUCCAAAGUGGAACAUUUAACCAGUUUUGAAAUGUUCCGUAUCAUAUUUUUUGAACCAUAUUGUUUCAGGGGAUACAUUUCCAGCAAAAUUCCUGUCCUCAACUUUGUGUGUUGCAUCCUUAGGUAUAUGUUAACAAUGAAUGGGCCACCAGUGUUGGAGAAGGGGGCAGCUUUGGUGAACUCGCACUGAUCUAUGGAACACCCCGAGCAGCAACUGUCAAAGCAAAAACUAAUGUGAAACUGUGGGGCAUUGAUAGAGACAGCUAUAGAAGAAUCCUUAUGGUAAGUAAUUUUUUAUGUUUUUAAAUAAAUGAAUUUGAAAGAGAGAGUGGCUUUUUUGGUGUUGAGGUAUUGUGACUUGAGUUUGUAUAAAUCAAUAUGAGCAUAUAGGAAAGUUGAACAGCAGCGUUGGAGAACUCCUGAAUACAGCUCAGUCGGUAGAGCAUGAGACUUUUAGUAAUUUCAGGGUCGGGGGUUCGAUCCCAACUCUACAAUUCUGUGAUUCUAGGUGCACCCACUCAUCUGAUCCUCUGCUGGGGGGGAGGGGCUUUUCAUGUAAAGUGUACUGUUGUAUUUCCUUCCUCUGCCUUGAUCUUCAUGCAGAGGAGAGGAUGUCUCGGCAGACUUGUGUUUGCAAUUAAGCAAAAAGUAGUUACGCAUUUUGCAAUUGCGUGCAUGCAAUUUUCAGGAUGCAAUUGCAAUUUGAAGCUUGAGACUUUCAAUAGCAGUAAAUCUGGGCUUUCAGUUGAGCUUAUUUGCAUUCUUCUUUUUUAAACACACACACACACACACACACACACACACACACACACACCCCUGCUGUUUUUCCAGACAAAGCCAGUCUUCUGCUGGGAUUACUAAGAGGUUUUUACACACUCAGGACAGAGAAAGGGUGUUGGAAUUUAAAAUUAGCGCAAGAGAACUAUAUUUAUAUCCAAGGCUUAGAUUCCUGAAGACUACUGCCAGAGAGUUUGUAUUGAGUAUUAAAUAUGGGAAGGUGAGACACAUCUUUUCUUCACACACUGAUAAUGGGACUUGUGGGUUUCUAGUUUACUAUAUCCCAGCCAAGCUUUUCUUUUCUUUUUUACUAAAUAACUUUUAAUGGACAAAAGGUCUUGCCUAUUAAGUUGAGCAAACAGACACUUCAGUAAGAGUGAAUAUUCCUGCUUACUCUGUUGUAAAGGCCAAAAGAGACCUGAGUGGCAUUUAUGGACUGUCUGAGAUACUGGGACAGCAUAGAAGCUGCUACCAUGAAAGGAAUGUGAAUUCCCAUUGCUUGAGCCCAGGUUCAUUCUCUUUGUGCAAGCAUAUGCAAACACGGCCCUCCAGAUGUUUUGGGACUGCAAUUCCCAUCAUCCCUAGCUAACAGGACGAGUGGUCAGGGAUGAUGGGAAUUGUAGUCCCAAAACAUCUGGAGGGCCGAGUUUGCCUUUGUGCAUUGACAGUAUUGGAUACAGUCCACCAUUUGCCUAUUUACAGUGCAAGCCUAUAGGUCCAUUCUUUGAACUAAGUUCAGUGAUUUCAGAUAAGGCUUACUCUCAGAUAAGUGAGUGUAUAAUAAAAAUGAUGAUGAUAAAAAAUAAUUUAUACCCCGCCCAUCUGACUGGGUUGCUUCAGCCACCCAGCCUUAGCGUAAAUUUUAAGGGGAUAUGCUGUUCAUGAUCAUUAGCUAAUUAUGGUGGAAAACUGGGCUUACAGGCAGUUUAUGGCUUAUAUUAGAAUAGCGUACACAAGACUUGAACCAUUUAAGUUUGCAGUUCUAUAUGCAGUGGUUUUCAACCAGUGUGCUGUGGCACCCUGGGGUGCCUUGAAUGAUAGUCAAGAAUGCCACAGGCAACACUGGCCGUUGUCCCUCUUUCCUUUCUUCUCUCCCUCCUCUGAUGCCUUGUAAUAACUCUGCCUCCCAGAGGCUUGCAUUGCUGUUUGUUGCAGCAGCCCUGGCUACAAGCUCCCCAGGCGAAUGGUGCCACUGGGGCUGGCCAGGGGGUGUUUCCCAGACCCCUGUGGGGCAGAGUGAGGAGGCACCUCUGUUUGGGGUGGGGUGGGGGUCAGCUCAGAGAUCAAGGGCAGCAGCAGCCGCUGCCCAGAGGACUCUCAAGGAGAGGAGGCUGAGGGAACACUCCACAAGGGAUGGUUUUCAAAAAAGGAGUGACAUAACUGGGCUUCUGAGCACCUCAGAAAGAAUGUAGUUGGUCACGGGAGCGGUAGACUCAAAAAGCUUGAAAACCUCUCUUAUGUGCACUUAUCUGGGAGUAAGUUUCAUUUAACUGAAGAGGACUUAGUUGUAAGUAGAAAUGAAUAGGAUUGCAUUGUAAACAUUUCUAUGACCUGUUCCAUUUUUCCUGGUAUUCUAAAUUGUUAAACAGAAGAGUAAUUUUCAGAUCCGUUUGUGUGUGUUUUUCUCCUCCAGGGUAGCACAUUGAGAAAGAGAAAGAUGUAUGAAGAAUUUCUUAGUAAAGUGUCAAUACUGGGUGAGUGCGAAGAAUUUCUUAGCAUCGCUGUUAGAAUAUUUGAGUCUUGCCCUACUGUGAACAUCACAGAGGGAGCAUAUAAUGCUUGAAGCUACAGCUGCUAAAUCACAAAUUGUGAAUGGAUGAUUAAUUUGUUUAUGGCAGUGGGAAGAAGUGUGGUAGAAGGGUUUGCUGUAGGAAAACUGGAGGAGCGUAUCCUUAUGUGAGAUGAACUGGGGAUCUAAUUCUAAAUCUUUGGGAUACAGCAAAAUAAACCAACUUUUAUUUUUAUUUAGAAUCCCUUGACAAAUGGGAGCGUCUCACAGUAGCUGAUGCUUUAGAGCCAGUACAAUUUGAGGAUGGACAAAAGAUUGUGGUGCAGGGAGAACCAGGAGACGAGUUCUUCAUUAUUUUGGAGGUGAGUAUUUAUAACAAUGUUGUUUUGGAAUUAGCUACUAGCAGCAGUAUUUGUCGCAUACAUUUCAGUUACAUCAACCUUCCCCAACCGGGCGCUUUCCAGAUGUUUUGAGCGACAGCUCUUACCAUCUCUGACCGUUCGCUAUGCUGGCUAGGGUUGUGGUUCAACAUCUGGAGGACACCUGUUUGGGGAAUGGUUCUGGAUAUGAUGAAAGGUGGUUCUGUGUUUUUAAAAAGUCAUUUGCAGACUGCUUGCAUCAAUACUGGUUCUUUGGACAUAAAACGUAUUUGCAAAUUAUUUUCUGUGAUAACAGAUUUGAUCAUAGAUGACAAUAAAUCCCUUUAGCAAAUCCUGUGGUGGCAGAAUUAUACAUGUAUGAAUGCUUAGUUCAAUUGUGAAAUGUGCUUCUGAAUGGUAUUUUAUCAUACUCUCCCCUUUUGAGGAUAUUAGGAUUAAAUGGGAUAGGUUAAGACAAGUAAUUUAAUGGGGAUGUUUCUGCUUUAAGUCAUGAAGUUGCUGCUUUUUGCAUAGGAUUGCUAAAACAAAUCUGGUUAUUAACUCUUUAAUUCAUUUAAAGGGUACAGCUGCUGUGUUACAGCGUAGGUCAGAGCAUGAAGAAUUUGUUGAAGUGGGCAGGCUUGCACCAUCUGAUUAUUUUGGUGAGUUUUCUUGCUGUUUUAAGUUGACAAUGUCGUUUAAAUACUUAAGGCAUAAGACCAAUGCAAAUGGCAUAAUGGUAUAUAUUUUUAAAGCAGCCCCCUUCCUGGUCCCCUGAGACUUGGCUUCUCUCCUGCCCUUUGCUCCUUUCCAUCUCAUGAGGCUCACAAAAACACGUAGACUCCUAUAAUACUACCCUUCCUGGAAUGGAGAAUAAGCCACGAGAUCAUAUUGUAAAGUAAGAAAACAUUGAAAUUGGCUUGAUAUGAUUUUAAUCCAUGGGAAGCUACAGAAGAAAAAAUAGUUUGUAAUUUAGUAACAAGUAAAGCAAACUUCAGGGAAAUUUUUCAAGUUGGAUGCUGGCUUCUGCAGUUGCUUAAUUGCUUUUUGGACAUAGACUGUACUUGCACGAUCAGAUUCUGGCUUAAUAAGCCAGGAUAUACAUGAACUUCAUACACCCACAGUUGUAUCCUUUGUUCCUCCCUUCAUGAGACCAGAGAAACAAGUUGCAAAUACCCUUAGGUUCCCAUGUCAUGCAAUCUGAGAACAACUGUUAAUUUCUUCCAGACCAAUGGGUUAGGGAUCAGAAGCUGUUUUUAAACCACGGUUGGCAUCUGCAUCCUAGCUUGUUUGGCGAUGUUGAACUAAAGCUCCUGGUUCGUAUGUACCAGAAGCUGUGGUUUAUGACUGCUUCCUGGUUUGUUUCCCUAUUUACAUGAAGAGAUGCUGCACGUGGGUAUAUUAAGCUCAUGCAAAACUUGUCUCAUCAGUCCAGAAUAUGAUCAUAUGAAUUGGGCCAUUUAGUAGUUUAGUUGUACUUUAACACGCUUCUAAAACUUUGGAUUCAACUUCUGCAAUGGAAAACUUGAGUUCGGGAUGAUAGAAACAUUAUUGCUUAUUAAUUAAAUAAGCUGGGGAUUUAUUUUUAUUACUUGCUGUAAGAUUAAGUAUAGUACUACUCUGAACAGAAAAGACUACCAAAGACCUGAAAUGGGAACCUUGAACCUUGUCAUGAAUCUUACAUCAAAUUAUGGAGAUACUUUUAAGUGUAACAUUUAUGGAAAUGUUACUUCCUUCUUGAAGAUCAUGUAGUACAUGAGGGAUAACAGCAUAUAGAAUUGUACUUUUUUUAAAUAUUAGAAGUAUAAAUUCCUGAGUAUUAUUUAAACAAUAAUUGCAAGGAUACCUAGUGUUAGAACUGGAAUCCGAUUGCACAGCCAAUCCCUGCAGAAAACAGCUUUUCCAAGCAUAGGGUGGCAAAAGCCCCUUGCGCAGUAAUUUCCAAGUGUCUUGACAACCAGCUGGCUACUGAUUGCUUGGGAAGCGUAAAUGACUUUGACACUUCCCUUUCCUCUGCUCUUUCCAAGCACACUCCACACUUUAAAGCUCUGUGUCCAGGCACCCCUCCUUUUUUUUUAAUCCAGAGUUUCCCCACAAGAACCGCUCUUUAGCACUCAUUCGAAGCAAACAACAAUCCACAGAAACCCCGAAUUGAUGUUUGCUCCAAUUGAGCACUGAAGAGCAGGUUUUCGCAGGGAAAGCCCCAGGGCAAAAAAACAAAACAUACUCAGAUACGGAGCUUUAAAGGGCAGACCUGUGCCUGGAAAGAGCAGGACAAAGUGUAAGUGUGGAUAAGCCCUCUAAGCACACUUCUCCCACAAUCUUUCUGGCCCUCCACAUCUCUGUCUAUAAUUCUUAACACUCUUACACUAUGCAAUAUUUUGGGAUAAUUUUAGAGCAGUCCUCUAUUUUGGGAAAGUCUGUUGAUCUGUUUCAAAUCACCUCUCCCCCCCCCCCUUACCCUGUUCUCUUUGAAAUGAAUAUUUUGUUUUUUAGGUGAAAUAGCCCUGUUGAUGAACCGUCCUCGUGCUGCCACGGUUGUUGCUCGUGGCCCAUUGAAAUGUGUAAAGCUCGACCGGCCCCGAUUUGAGCGUGUCUUGGGUCCAUGCUCAGAUAUUCUCAAGCGGAACAUCCAGCAGUACAACAGCUUUGUGUCUCUGUCUGUCUGAAGUCUCCCUUCUUCUUCAAAUACAUGCUUCACAAAUGCAGACUGCUUCAUUACUCUUGUGCAGAGCCACAUGGCCACUGGCUAUUGCAGCUUCCUGUCUGUCUGAGGGAGGGGAAAAGAAAAAAAAAGGAAAAAAAAGAAAUCAGUUGCUUUUCAUGGCACCAUUUUAAUUUUUAGAGCAUUUAUUUUGGUGCUCCCAAUACAAUUUAAAAUAAAUAGAAAAUUAUAUGGAGUCUUUUUGCUGUUACUGCUUUUCUCUGUGCAAUGUACAGUGUCCAACUCGGGCAGUGACUGCCAUUCCUUUCGCUGGGAAAAUUUCCUAGUACCAAGGUUAUUGCCAUAGAGUUAAGGAUGUAACAGUGGAAAAUUAUUAAGAGGCACACAUUUCUCAACUGGUGAGUUCCUACAUUUAUUUCAGGGCGUGGUCACUUUCUGCUGUAAGUACUUCUCUUAGCAGAGGAACUUACCCUCUAAGCUCAACUUCUUGGCAUAAAUGUUCUGGAUAUGGUUAUCUUUGGUUUGGUUUACUGAGAUCAGCUCCUUAGUAAAACCACAGUUAGAAGUUUGAUAGUUUGAUGCAUCAGUAUCCAUUUCAGUUGGUUCACGACGGGCUUGGUUAUCGUUUGUCAGGUUUUUGUGUACAAGCUUUUGUUCUGGCACCUGCUGCCAGUGUUGCUGAUAUUCUUGCCACAGUUACCCUUCCCCUUUGCCUGUUCUCAGUUGUGAAUAUUCAUAUUUGCCCCUUCUAUUUCCCCCCCUGUGCAAUUUCUCAAUACCCAUCCAAAGGAUUAGACACCUAUAUAUUGGUGGUGGUGUUGGCAAAAUAAUUGCACUGCUCCUUAGCUAGUGCCAAAUAGUAUACCCCACAUGCAGUGUAUGUAGACCAGGAAACUGAAGGGUGCAUCCUGUGUGUUCAGUCUUCUGUCUGACCCUUUCAAGCUUUGCCUUCCCUGUUAACUUCAGCACCAGAUAUUGAAUGGUUCUGUUGGCAUUCAGUGCAGGACCGGACUACACACUCCUUGUUAGAUGACAAGAAUCUGGCUCAUGUGGAAGACUGGAAACAGAAAAUCAGUGUCCUGUAAACUCUUGUUACUGAAUCUCUUUUGUCCAAUCAGAAGUUUUAGUAACUUCUAACCUUUCUCAGAUAUUCAGUCUGAGCAGAUGUUCAGUCUCGAGUCUUGUUCUCUUUGGUUUGUCCCAGAUUCUCAUACCGAUCUGACAGAAUAGCUUUUGGGAAAGUUGACCCUGUUGUCAAGUCUGAAAUGUUUUUUCAGUAUUUACCAGGUUUGUGUUACAAUAUUUUGUGUGCACCCUGUGCUGCCUACUAUAUGGAAUGUUGCAGGUGGAUAAUGUAGGCAAUUUGGUUUCCUUAUAACAUGUAAAUUAUCUAGAACUAGUCUAGGGUUUUAUUUGGGAGUGACAGCAAGUUUUUUGCAUUAGUUGUGCAACUAUUUCUUACCAGUCCACCUCCCUGCCAUUCCCUCCUUACUUUCCCCCCAGAAACUGGACCUGGUAUGUACCAUUCUGACUUGUUGGCUGCUGGAAAGAAUGCUUAAUUGAAUAUGAUUAGCAAUGUCUGGGGAAUAGGAGCCUUAGUAUAUAUAUAUAUAUAAGGGGGAGGGGGGUAUUGACAUGUCCUCAUUUCUAGAUGCAUAGAAAAUGUAAAGUCUACAUUGUGAAUUCUUUCUGUCCGUGCUGAAGACUUUGAUGAGGAUAUGCCUUUGGGAAUUUCCACCUGUGCUCUCUUUGGGAGUCCAUUAAUGCUAUUUUCCUCCAAAACUUCAUUCAGUUUGAAUCUAUCCAGGGAUUCCUCCCCCCAAUACCUUUCUUACUUUUGAAGCUUGAUUUGAUCCUUGUUAAAGCACCAAAAAGAUUUUAAAUCUUAUGUAAGCUAGUUAGAGCGCCACAAAAAUGCACAUUUUUUUAUAUAAGGCUUUCUAAUCAAGUUUCACUACUGCGUCUUUUUAGCUUGCUGUUUACUCCCUUUUGUAGUUUUACCAACAAGAUUUUAAGAUGAACCAGCUACGUCUGAGUUAAAUAUUAAUCACAGUUAAAGCUUUACCUUUGUGUGCAAUUUAAACAUGUUUGAAUCCACAGUUGGUAUAGUUUGCCUUAGCUAACAUUCAGGGCUUUAGAGGUAAUCUUUUUUGCUAGGACACCUUAGCAAAUAAAAAAAUUUAAAAAAUCUACUGCCCUAGAGUGCUAUAGUCAACCAGAGGACCAUUUUUGUAUCGUUACCUGACUAUAAGUCUGACUUACUGUAUGUGCUAAUAUAUUCCUUUUGUUAUAGAUUGUCCUAAUGGCAGGUAAAGCAAUAAAAUGAUUUAAAUUCUUAAAUGUAA